AUGCUUGAGGAAGCAUUUGCUGAUCAAAUGAAAGAAUUAAUUUCUAUGUGUGGUAAAAAAAGGCAAACAAUGUUAUUUUCUGCCACUAUGACUGAAGAAAUUGAAGAUUUAAUUAAAAUGUCUCUUGAUAAACCUGUAAAACUUUUUAUUAAUGAAAAUACAAAAACAGCAACAAAUUUAAGUCAAGAAUUUAUUAGAAUUCGUGAAGGUCAAGAAGACAACAGAGAGGCAAUUGUCUCAGCAUUAGUUACUAGAAAUUUUAUCAAUCAUACUAUUAUAUUUGUACCAACAAAAAAAGAGUGCCGUAGACUUAAUGUAAUUCUUGGAUUAUUGGGUGUCAAAGCUGGUCAACUUCAUGGAAAUAUGAAUCAAACACAAAGAGUUAUGGCUUUGAAUGAAUUUAAAAAUGAAAAAAUUGAUGUUCUCGUUUCUACAGAUCUUGCCUCACGUGGUCUUGAUAUUGAAGGUGUCACUACUGUCAUAAAUUUUAUGAUGCCAAAAGAUGUCAAGAUAUAUGUUCAUAGAGUUGGUAGAACAGCACGUGCUGGUAAGGGUGGUAGAUCUAUAUCUCUUGUUGGUGAAGAUGAAAGAAAAAUAUUAAAAGCUAUUAUAAAGUCUAAUCAAGAUGGAAGUUUAAAACAAAGAAAUGUUUCAAAUGUAGUAGUUGAAGCAUACAAAAAGAGAAUAGAUUCUCUUGAAAAUUCUAUAAAAAGAAUUGAUGAAAUGGAACAAGCUGAGAAGGAGAUUGCAGAAGCCUCUAAAAAGGUUCAGGAGAGCGAGAAAAAGAUGGCUGAGGAUGGAGCGUCAGGUUAUGAUGAUUGA